AACAAUUAAAGAAAGAAAAUCAGGAAAGGGAACAGCAAUGGGAGUCCAAUCUGAAGAAAUGCGCGGAUGGCUUUGAGCAAUUGCAACGUGAAACUCAUGAAAAGGAACAAAUAUUGAAGUCCAUGCAGGAAAGUGAAACGCGAUGGAAGUCCAUGCUGGAUACACUGGAGGCUGAGGCUAAUGAUAAAUUGUUAAGAACUCGAUCCUGUUCUUGUAGCUGUGGUCAACAGUGUAAAACAGAUGCAAUUGAGACUGAAGAUUUGCAAAUUAAUUCAGAACUGGCUCAGAUUCGAAAUGAACGUGAUAAUCUCAAGAAGCAAGAGACGCUGUUCCAAGUUGGAGAAACAUUCUUGAAAUCUAACACCUCUUCAAUUAUGCAGGUCUUCAAGAAGAUUCUAACAGGAAUGGAUGCAAAGAUAAGAUUUUAUUAUUAUGAAAGAAAGGAAGCUGGAUGGAUUUCGUUCGGGAAAAAUGUAUUGGAAGCAACGAUGACGCUGUUUUGUGCAAGGGGAGGAACCUUACUAGCUACCAAAGCCCAUUAAUGGAUCAAAGGGAAGGGACGCUCAUAACCAUCGUGGGCUAAGGCCUAGAUAUCUCGGUGGGACUUGGACCAAGUGCCCUGAAUAACUGGUGUUAAAAAAGACAAUGAUGUUUAUUUUAGAUGUAUGGAUCGUGUAAUCUUUGAUAAAUUCGAGUCUUACCCCAUGUAAAUUUAAUCUAAUUUUAUACUAUUACUUUAAUUAAGUGACUAAUUUGUAGAACUAGUGUAUCAUGUAUUACAAACGACAUAAGCAGUUAUUAAGGCAUGUAGAAUGAAAAUAAUGAAAAAGUACAUUUUAG